CCUCAAGCUUCAUUCAUCGUGUUCACCUUAACCUUCCUUCUCUUUGAUUUACCUUCUCCAACUCUCCUGAUCUUCAUUCGAAUCCCGGAGUGAUACUCUCCAUCAUCUACAGGUUCCUACUCAUACCGAUUUGUCAACCCCUUAGCAAGACAUCAUCCCCAGCUUCCUAUCAACCAUGUCGUCUCCAUUCUCAAUAAAUGGCGGCGCCUGUGUGGCAAUGGUCGGGAAGGAUUGUGUCGCGAUUGCUUGUGACCUCCGGCUGGGUCUCCAAGCCCUGACCGUCUCCAACAACUUCCCAAAGAUAUUCCCCUACGGCGACGUAUACCUUGGCCUCACAGGUCUAGCAACCGAUAUUGCAACCGUCUCCGAUCUGUUCCGCUUCAAGGUCAACAUGUACCGAUUGCGGGAAGAACGUAAUAUCAGCCCUCAGACCAUGGCCAAUCUCGUGUCCUCGACCCUCUACGAACGACGAUUCGGUCCCUAUUUCAUCAGCCCUGUCAUUGCAGGAAUCAACCACACAUCGGGGAAACCAUUCAUCUGCGGAUUCGACAGUAUCGGCUGCAUCGACUUCGCUAAGGACUUCAUCGUGAGCGGGACCGCCAGUGACCAACUAUUUGGUACUUGCGAAGGGCUGUGGGAGCCUGACUUGGAACAGGAACCGGAAGAUUUGUUCGAAACCAUUUCCCAAGCCUUGCUGAGCGCAGUCGACCGAGAUGCCUUGUCAGGCUGGGGAGCACACGUCUAUAUCAUCGAGAAGAACAAGGUCACCAAGCGAUUAUUGAAAGGACGGCAGGAUUAG